AUGCCGCCGGACCGUCCACCAGUCCACCUUGUCAUCCACCGGGACGACACAAUAGUCACCGUCGUCGGCGUCUAUGCGAGACUCACCGACGCUAAUACGGAAUGUAUAUUCUUGGGCAAGGAAGCUGGGAUGCAAUUAACGGGCGAGUCGGGCGAGAUGGCCCCCGACGACAGGGAGCUCAUGCCCAUCGAGCCGAUGAGAUGGGACUCGGUCGCCGGGGUGUCGUGCUGGGUCGAGACGCACCAUGUUAAGCUGGCAAGGAGUUGA